CUCAUCGCAGUGGAUUUUUCGACCAGUUUUUAUAUUUGCCUUAUUUCAUUUUUCAAAGCAGAAAAACUGUUUUCACACAAAAAAGCUUCUUAUAGUUUUCUCAUUGUAAAUUGAAGCAGACGGCAAAAAAAAAAAAAAAUCUGCUCAGUCUGCACAACGUUCAUUUCAUAAGCAUCUGCUUCUUUAGACUCGGACUGAAUCUAACAUUCAGUACAGUUCUCGGUGUGCAGUGACGACUAUUUUUGUCUGAUGGUGUUUGCCAAGCUCCAUCACCUCAACCUCAACUUCAUAGUAAAUAAGAGGUGUUUCCCUGUUUUCAGUAGAUCGAGGCAAUGGGAAAUAAUUGACUGAAAGAUAUGUGAAAGUAAUAGUGGUUUAUUGUAUAUACUCUUUUGUAACUUGUUCAUUAACAUCUCACCUGUCAACCCUAUUUGUCAACCCUACUACAAAUAUCACAAAUUGCAGAAACUACAACUUGUCCCAAUCCAUAGUCAAGUACGAACUGAAGAAUGUACAAACUCGGAUGCAUCGAGUGGAAGGGACAAACCGGUUCCUAUUUGAUUUGUGAAUUUAGUUCUGUAAGUUGGGGAAUGACUGAGAAGUCAAGUCAUGGUUGUGGUUCAUCAGGUUUUGAGAGUUUUACCGACCAGAGGAAACUUAACGUAAGUUCCAUAAAGAGCAGGUCAUUUUAACUUAAACAGAAGCUAUAAAUUUAUUUAUUUUCAGCCUGAAAGUUGUACCUCAAGUGAAAAAUGUUGUUGCAUGGAAACAGUCCACAGUUCCAACGGUCCAGUAUACUCAUAUUGGACGCUGUCUUUUUAUACCACUGGGUGACACCCAAGUCCAAAAUAUUCAAAUCCUACUCACUCUAAGGACACCACACUGAUUUUGUAUUAUAUUGUCUAUAAUGUCUAACGGGAGGAAGAAUUCAGAUUGGUGAUUCUCUGGGUGAUUCUCUCAAAUUCAUAUUUUCAGAAAAAGUACCGGGCCUUUGUUAGAUCAGAGUUUCAUAUCCUGCAGACAUCUAUUUAAAGACGAGGAGCCUCCGAGCACAAGUUCACUUUAGCUUCAUAGGGGUUAUAGAGUCUUUCCCCUUAAAAUGUAAUCAUCACAUGAGCUCUGUGUAUUUCGAUCAUCACACUGUAUGUGCUAAUUUUCAAAGAAUAAAAUCCAGUGGAAAAACAGACAAGGUUUCAUGUUUUAGGAAAUGUCAUCUGUGGAUUAACAACCCCCCCCCAACAUCUUGAGCGCUGCCAGCAACAGCUGCUCAUUAAACCUCGAGUCCUUGGGGCCUGAACAAUUCAUUUGCUUAAACAUAAACAUUCAUUCACACAAGUUCUGAGGGUUUUUUUAUUAUUAUGGCGUGGAGCACACGGUUCAAUUUGUAAACCCGUGUUGUUGUUUGAAUCUACAUAUGUUGGAUAUAGUGACGUGAUUUUGAGGAACGCGUAAGUCGGCGACAGUACGGAGCCACGUGCACGUAGAAGCUCAGCUUCAGCGUUUGGCUUGAAAGGGUGUCAGGGUCGUGUGCCAGCCAUCUGUCAAACGUAGUCACUAACGUUUCAGGCUGUCAUCAGCUUUCGGCAUCAGUGUAACACAGAAUCACCCGUUCGAUGUCGAAACAUAAUCCCAUUCAAGUUAUUCUAAUUACUUAAAAUCUCAAAUUUUUUCAGACUUGUUCGGCUUUUGUUUAUUUGAUGUGAAUUUUAACGGGAAUCUAAAGGCCCCGACAAAAGAUAUAUCGACUUUCCAUGUACAGAUGAGCCCGUCAAGCAGUCAUUGUUAUUCUGAGAUUAUUAUUAUAGAACAAGAAAUGUCUUUGUUAAGUUGAGUAUCUUUGUUGAGUGGCAACCAGUUCGGAUCUCUCAAGGUCUUCAUCGGGCAGAAUAGUAAAAACACAAAUUACACCUGGUGCUCUCUAGACAAACAUGAGAAGUAGUAUUUUUAGCUCAUAAUGGAAUAACCAACAUAUAUGAUAUAGAUAUAAUAAAAAAAACUAUAGAUAUCAAUGUAAACCUUGAACUACAGAAAAAACAGAAAUUAAAAAAAAUAAAUGUUGUCCUGUGUGGUGUUGCACAGUGCUAUUAAAACUGUUAUGCUACCUUGCCAAAAGGGGGCGCAGUUGAAAGAUAAUCGUGUCUCCCUUUCUGAUGGCGUAUGACAUUGGCUCUCUUUAGUAUGUGGCUUUUUUUUUGCUUUUUUCUAUUCUGAUUUUUUGCUUAUUGAGUUUUUUGUGGUUCUUGUUUUUUUUUCUAUUUUUUAUCUUCUUUUAAUUCAGACCGUGUCGUUGAAUCUCUGCUCUCCGGGAUCCAUCCUAAUUGGGAGCCUGUCAGUUUUGACAGGAACGGCCCACAUCAUAGGUGUUCAGGCAGCAGACUAGGCCCUUAAAGUGGACACAGUUCAUUGAUAUGUAUCCUGAAGGGAAAGUGGCAGAUCCAGCACAGUUAAAUGGCGCCUAAUUGCACAGUGCUAUUCAGUCUGCGAAUUAAGGCCUCAAAAACGGCGUGUGCUCGAGCAGGUAUAGGCUUGUUAAGCCCAAGAGGUCAAACUGCUGUGAAAUGUACUUAAAGACAAAAAAAAGAGUAUGAUUAUUUGUUUUUGAUUGACGCAUGGUUUCGUGGUUUUUCUCCUAUAUGCGAUGCGAUGAGGGCUUCCAUGUGGUUUCUCAUCAACUCCAGACGCACAAAUCCAGUUCAUGUGGUGCAAAGUAAAUGGCGGUUGUGAGGUAAAGUGUCGACCGGAGAGAGAGAGAGAGAGAGAGAGAGAGAGACUGCGGAUAAAAGGCCACGUGAAGUAGAAGUGUGGCUGCGCAAUUAAGCGGCUGUUACGCACCUAGUUUGAAGGAGCUGGAGCCACGGCUCCUCCACAAGCUAUUGAUUAGCCAAUGCGUAAAAACGCAGCGUUGGUAUUAAAAUUCAUGUCGUGCCACUCCGAUCCGUGAUUCAGUAGUUAAAAAAAAAAAAGUGCAAUGUUCAUCCAUCUCGCUUAUUGUGUAAAGGAAUCUCCUCCAGUCCUUCUCCAGUCAUAUCAGCCGACGCCACUCUGACGUGUUUCCACGCGAGGUGCUCGUUAAUGGGGACGUUUGGUUUCUCUGACGUGCGCGUGUGUCGGUCCUCUGACGGCCCCUGCGCCCUUAUAAGCCUCAGUAAGUCGCCCGGGAGACCGGGUUCCUUCUGACUGUUCCUCACGGUGCAAGGAGGCUCUUCACAAACCGCCCCGGCUGUUCAGAUCGUUCUUGUUCCUCCUCGGGUGCCCACAGCCCAUGACUCUAGAAACACUUACGGUCUCCAUGCCUCCCCGUUCCUAGCGGACGACCGGUGCGACCAUGACCAUCCAUGUGGAGGGACUCGUGGCUAUUGCGAUCUUCUACCUGCUGAUCCUGUUCGUGGGCAUCUGGGCGGCAUGGAAGAACAAGCACUCGGGGGAGGCGGAGGGCACCGACCGCAGCGAGACCAUCAUGGUCGGCGGCAGAGACAUUGGAUUAUUCGUCGGCGGAUUUACAAUGACAGCAACCUGGGUCGGAGGGGGAUACAUCAACGGCACAGCUGAGUACGUGUACCUACCAGAUUUCGGCUUGGCGUGGGCACAGGCUCCCUUUGGAUAUGCCCUCAGUCUGGUCGUGGGUGGUCUUUUUUUCGCCAAGCCCAUGCGCUCGCGAGGCUACGUCACCAUGCUGGACCCGUUCCAGCAGAUGUACGGGAAACGCAUGGGGGGCCUUCUCUUCAUCCCUGCACUCAUGGGGGAGAUCUUCUGGUCCGCUGCCAUCUUGUCCGCUCUCGGGGCCACUCUCAGUGUCAUCGUGGACAUCAACAUCAAGAUGUCAGUGGUCAUUUCAGCGCUCAUCGCCAUCUUCUACACGCUGGUCGGAGGACUGUACUCUGUGGCCUACACGGACGUCGUGCAGCUCUUCUGUAUCUUUCUCGGCCUGUGGAUCAGUGUGCCCUUUGCUUUGACCAACCCUGCGGUGUCAGACAUCACCGUUACAGCGGUGAAGCAUGUGUAUCAGUCGCCCUGGAGAGGCAGCAUCCGCAAGGGCGACACCUGGGUCUGGAUCGACAACUUCUGCCUCCUGAUGCUCGGAGGAAUCCCCUGGCAGGUGUAUUUCCAGAGAGUCCUGUCGGCCUCCUCGGCUACCUACGCCCAGGUCCUCUCCUUCCUGGCUGCUUUCGGGUGCCUCGUCAUGGCCGUGCCCUCCGUUCUCAUCGGCGCCAUCGGGGCUUCCACAGACUGGAACCAGACAACCUAUGGUGCCAUUCCUCCCCGAGAAAGGGAACAAGCGGACAUGAUUCUACCCAUCGUUCUCCAGCACCUUUGUCCGCCAUUCGUCUCUUUCUUCGGCCUGGGUGCCGUGUCUGCAGCUGUCAUGUCCUCUGCAGACUCCUCCAUCCUUUCGGCAAGCUCCAUGUUUGCGAGGAACAUCUACCAGCUCGCCUUCAGACAGUCGGCAUCUGAUCGGGAGAUUGUGUGGGUGAUGCGCAUCACUAUCUUUGUGUUCGGCGGCCUUGCCACAGUGAUGGCGCUCGUGACUGGGACAGUUUACGGCCUCUGGUACCUGAGCUCAGACCUGGUCUACGUCAUCAUCUUCCCUCAGCUGCUCAGCGUGCUCUUCGUCAAAGGCACCAACACGUACGGUUCGGUGGCUGGCUACGUGUUUGGCAUGCUGCUGCGUAUAGGUGGAGGUGAACCCUACCUGCGGCUGCCUCCUUUCAUUUACUACCCUGGAUGGAUAACUGAGGAUCGGAUACACCCCAUAACCGGAGAGAUAGAGGAAAUCGUCAUCCAGAAGUUUCCCUUCAAGACUGUCUCCAUGGUCGCCUCUUUCCUGGGCAAUGUUGGUUUCUCUUACCUGGCCAAGUACCUGUUUGAGAGCGGCAAGAUUUCACACAAGUACGACUUUCUCGACGCGGUGGUGUCCAAGCACAGUGGAGAGAUCAUGGAUAAGACGACGCUCGUGACACGCGGCAACAACAUCGGGCUGUCAGAGAUGGCGUCCGUCAAACCGCGCCUGAGUGUGACCUUGGCAGCCGCCUUCACGCGCCGUGACACGCUCCCAGCAGAGACGGUGGAGGAGGAGGAGGAGGAGUCCAGCCCUGACUCCUCCCGCCACGAUGAAGAAUGACUCACUCGCAAUGAAAAAAAAGAAACGUGUGACUGAACUGCCAGAGAACUGGUUACUUCUGUCAGCCACUCCAAAGUGAAGAGACAACAAGCGAACAUCCUACCUUUGGACUACAAAGGAGCAAAUCCCGCUUGUGCUGACUGGAUUAUUGAACAGCCAAAUUUCUGGAUAUACGUAGAUAUGUAGUGUAGCGGCUUGCUGAUUGCCCAGUCAUGAAGCUGUCUUUCUGGGAAACACACAUACACUCAUGUAAUACUUGAAGAUAUGUGGGAGUCCGUUCUUGAACCGGUUUGGAGAUACACUUAUAGGAAAUCGUUCAGAGACUCUUCAUUUGAUUGAUAUAUCUUUUUUUUUUUUAUCAUUAAUUGAAAAAGCAGACCAGUAACAAGGAGAUGCUGCACCCAGUUUGACCAGAAGGAAAAUCAGUGAAAUAUAAAACAAGACAACUAGAAGUUUAUACGAAGUGACUGACAGCACAUCCAUAGUUUGGAAGGAGUGAAUAUUGUGUGCACUUAUUAGUUAAAAGCAAUAACGCAUACACACACUUUUAGCACCUGUACAACAGUUAAAACAAAACUAUGAUUGUGAGAGAGUGGACUGAAAAUCAUAAAAAAACAUAAAGAGAUAACGAGACGUUUUCCAGCUUUAAUGUGUCAUAUUUUGAUGCAGUUUUGACAGGCGGUCGCGUCUCUCGUGUGUAUCAUCGAUUAAACGCAUUAUAACUGUGAACCAAGAAAGGAACAAUCCAUUCAUCAUGCUGAGUAGGAAUACAUACAAGCAGUAGUGACGGUAGUUGACUUGAAGCAUUAGCUAAUAUUCUCUUUAAUGUCAGGUGUAGAAACAGUUUUAAUUCUAAGAACCAGUGUAAAUUAAUAUUAAAAAUGAUCUUGUAUUCAGCUGCCUUAAUGAAGUUCGAAAAAAAUAAAUAAAAUAAAGGUACUUUUAAUGUCCACGGGUUUUGACUGUGAAGUGAACCAAGACUCGAAUAUGAAUGUAACCUCUAGAAAAGAUCUAAUUGUAUCAAGUUGUGUACUUCGGCUAAUGUUUGUGUAUGUUUUUCCUUUGUGAUUUUGCAAAGUCAAACAGUAACUGUCGAAGGACGACGUGGCGGCAGGUUCUGAUUCACAGAUCGGUUCUUUUAUUUUGUUGUUCAGAGCAGUGUACAGAUUAUUUUCUCUGUGGUGUGUAUGUUUGUGUACAUAUGAGGUUAACAAAACAGAUAAUAUAGUAUAAUGCUGGUUAAAAAUUAUUCAAAUGAGGCAGACGGGACGCUGUAUAAAUGUUUAUUUAUUUUUGAUGUCACAAAAGAGGAAACAAUAAAAAAAAGAAAAUUAUUUCAGGAAAAUAUGUCAACUCUGCUUUUUCACGAAGACGAAAUAUGAGAAUGACAACACAUGCAGUUUUUCUUAAUUUUCACAAUUUCCACUAAAUUAGAUGUGGGUCUGUAUUUUUGUUUUUUGGUUGUCUUUUGUUUUUAAUCGGUCGUGAUGCUGAAAGAUAAUCCUCCCAGGGCGCGGCUCUCCCAUUUGGGUUUUUUCAGUAGUGAUUACCAACAUUUAUGGACUGUGAUUUCUUAAAUCUCAGCUCCGUUGCUUUGCAACUCCUCGUCAUUAUGUGUGGUUCAACCCUGAACUGACUCUUUGUCGUCAGCUUGUU